AUGCCUAUCCCAUUCACCAACCUCGAUAUCUUCACACAUAUCCGUUAUCUAGGUAACGCUCUCGCCGUCAUCCGUCCCCAAUCCCCCAGCACCCUUUCCCAAACCCAAAAAUUACAAAUCGCUCAAGAAUUCAAUCUUUCCGAAGUCGUUUUUCUCCAUCUCCCCGAGUCAGCAGAUUCGAAUCCAAAGGAAGUGGUAGUCGACAUCUUCACAACUUCUGCCGAGAUCCCCUUCGCUGGUCAUCCUACUAUCGGAACUACAUUCUUCGUACUCCAUUAUCUGGGAAUGAAGAGUGUAGAGGCCCUCAUCACCAAAGCUGGGAGAAUCCCAAUUUCGCUGGAUGAAGGGGGAAAGGUGGCCAGGGCGGAGAUACCGCAUAAUGUACAUGUUCAUGAGAAAACAUAUCCGUUUAGAGACUUUGAUACGGGAGAAGAAUCGCAAUGUCCUAUCGUUUCGAUCGUUAACGGAAUGGCGUUCGUGCUUGUGAAUCUUCCUUCUCUGGAACAUUUAGCAAGAGCGGUGGAAUUCAAAAACCUGAAUCCAAGUUCGUAUAAUACGGAUGAUUUAGAUGAGGGGUGGAGAAAUGGGUUGUGUGCGACUUUGUAUUAUGUACAUGUUGGGGAAGAUCAGGGAAGGAAAAGAUAUCGAACGAGAAUGUUUGAAGCGGAGGAAGAUUCUGGGACGGGAAGUGCUAGUUGUGCGCUGGCUUGUUAUUUGACGAGGAAGGAGGAGGGGAAGGGACUGAAGGAAAUGAAGUUUAGGUUUGAGCAGGGUGUGGAGAUGAGGAGGAGGAAUGAUAUUUUUGUAGAUGUGAAGACGAAGGAGGAUGGUCAGGAAAUCGAAAAAGUGGUUUUGAGUGGUGAGGCGGUUAAGGUUAUGGAGGGGACUUUGGAGAUUUGA